CAUGUGAUAGCAAUCUGUAUACACAUAUAAACAAACAACCCCAAGAGACCAAGUAACCACUAUUUAUAUCUAUUAAAUGGUCAGUUAACAAGGCAAAAUGCAUUCCAGCCCAGACUCGGACUCAGAGCUCCCCUACAUCGAGCCCCCUUCCAGCGAAGCUCUCAAACCCAUCCGCAAACCCCCUCCCUACACUGGAACUCCCCUCGUUCUCUUCCUCUCCGACAUAAAGCUCUUCUUCCAAAACUUCUUCUAUCUUCCCUAUCUCUUUAUCCCUCUGUAUCCCUGGAAAUCCGGUCCGUUCUGUGAGCUUUAUCCAUCUCGGGAGAACCUUAUCGACAUUGCGUUCCACUGUGUUCUUUCCGUGACGCAGCUAGCUUUUCUGGUUUCGUUGUUUACACUUGCAUUUCUACCGACUUUUGUGUAUAUUGGUUAUGUUGUCGUAUUCUUUGCGGUUAAUGAACUUGUUUGUUGGCAUUUUAAUAGGGGGAUUCCCGGCGGUGGGCUGAAGUCGACGGAAGAUGGGUUUACGAGGAGUUGGCCUCGUCAUGACGAUGAGGCUUGGAUAUUUCUCAACGGUAUUUGCGUUGGCAAGAAUUGGUUCCAGAAGAACAUCGACCGCAUCUCACGAACAUUCCAUCGGCCAGUCGUCGGUAUUCACAAUAGAACUGCCGGCGUCAUCUUUGACCUCAUCCAAUGUCUUAUCCAACGCGCCCUCCUCUACGCAACCCAGGACGUACGAGAAUGCUACAUCCUCGUCAAAAACGCCCUUCUCGACGACCACAAGAAGAAAGUAAUCUUCAUCCUCCACUCUCAAGGUGGAAUAGAAGGCGGUAUGAUAAUCGACUGGCUCCUCGACGAAAUGCCCCUCGACAAGCUUCAAAAACUUGAAGUCUACACUUUCGGCAACCUCGCCAAUCACUUUAGCAACCCUUAUCGCGGCAACGAUACAAGAUCCCCUGUUAUUCCUCACAUCGAGCACUAUGUUAAUGAGAAAGAUUUUGCGUGUCGUUUUGGUGUUCUUAAUUUUACGAGACAUUAUACGCAGAAUGAAAAUCGGUUUGCGGGGAAAGUGUUUAUUAAUAGAGGGGGAGGACAUCAGCUGAAUCAACAUUAUCUUGAUGAUAUGUUUCCGUUAGAUAAGACGCUUCAGAGGGCUAGAGACGGGAGGGAGGGGGACUUUAUGCAUCGAAAAGUUCGUGUUAGAAAGGAUGGUACCAUCAAAGUGACCACGAAGGCGGAACUUCCCCCGGGGUUUAUUGUGACGGGUGAUGAGGGGUCGAAAAAUGGGAACAUGAAGCCGGAUGAAGUUCCUAGAAUGGGAGACUUGAGUAGAUUGUGGAAGUAUCGGAAUGGACAGUUGCCAGACUCGUUCAAGAGUGUCUUGACUGACGGUUUGUAAAGGGUACGACGGGUGGGUGUCCUAGGCUGAGAAGAGAUUGACAGGAUGGAUACUUAGCUUAGAUAUAUUCUUUUGUCUUGUUUCAGUCUCGACAGUGGGAAAAGAUCGUCUCAUGUGAAUAACAUCGCUACGCAAUGGUGUCUUUCAGGGCCUCCACAUCCUAAGUCUAUUCUCAAUUGCUAUAAAUAUGAGGAGAAGUUGGUCUCAGCUCUGUCCCAAGACUACCACCAA